AUGGGAAGCUUAAAAGAAUCUGCUCUGCAGAUCCAGGCUAACCUGCCGAACGCUAGUGGGAUUUCUUACCAUUUAAGGAAAAGACUGACUGAAGUAAUUGAUUCUUCAGGUUUGACAGUGACUGCUGUGAAGGACUUUGGGGAGUGGAACUUGGAAGCUGGAGCACUGGUGCUUGCAGAUGGAGGCCUUUGUUGCAUUGAUGAGUUCAAUAGUAUCAAAGAACAUGACAGAACCAGUAUCCAUGAAGCAAUGGAGCAACAAACCAUCAGUGUUGCAAAGGCAGGCUUGGUGUGCAAGCUUAAUACAAGGACAACCAUCCUGGCAGCAACAAACCCAAAAGGCCAUUAUGACCCUAAUGAGUCUGUCUCUGUCAACAUAGCUCUUGGCAGUCCCCUGUUGAGCAGAUUUGACCUGGUCUUAGUAUUGUUAGAUACAAAGAACGAGGAAUGGGACCGCAUCAUUUCAUCUUUCAUCUUGCAAAAUAAAGGUUGCCCAAGCAAAUCAGAAAAGCUCUGGAGCAUGGAAAAGAUGAAAACCUACUUCUGCCUUAUAAAAAGUAUACAGCCAAAAUUGUCUGAUGAGAGCAACCUGAUCCUUGUACGCUACUAUCAAAUGCAGCGUCAGAGUGACUGCAGAAAUGCAGCCCGAACUACCAUUCGCUUAUUAGAGAGUUUGAUACGUCUUGCAGAAGCUCAUGCCCGGCUGAUGUUUAGGGAUACUGUGACUUUGGAAGAUGCUAUAACUGUGGUAUCGGUGAUGGAAUCUUCUAUGCAGGGGGGUGCACUUCUCGGAGGCAUCAAUGCCUUACACACCUCAUUUCCAGAAAAUCCAAUGGCGCAGUACCGAACACAGUGUGAACUCAUAUUGGAACGACUGGAGCUGCAAGAUCUUCUGUGCAAAGAGCUGCAAAGACUUGACAGAUUACAAAAGGAGAAUUCACACCAGCUGCAGCCUGAAGAGACAAGUUUCAGUACUACUACAAGAUGCUCGAACAACGAUACAUUUGGGCAGUCAAAGCAAAUGUCUCAGUCAGAACCUUCAGAUCAGCAAGAGAAUAACUCCAGGCAACAGCCUUCUUUGCCCGAAGGCAACUGUGAAGGGGGUAUACAUUUAGAACCUUUAUGCAACCUGGCACAUGGCAAUAACAAAAAUACAAAGCACUUGAUUAAACAUAGCGAGAGAGGUGGUGAUGGCAGCCUGGCAUGGUUUGACAGCCUGGAGGAGAGCAACACUGAUGCUGAAGACACUUUUCAGAAAAAGUCUCCAGUGCCCAAGGUAUCUCCAAAUAACUUGCCUUCAAAAACCCUGUGUAAAACAUCCUGUUCUGAAGAAAGAAGUGCUUCAAAACCAAGGAAGGGAAAUGGAAUGAGCGAGUCACCAGCAACUGUGAAUCUACAUGCUCCUUUGGAACAGGACAAAGUGUCCAAGAUAGGCAGGAAAAGGACUGAAGAACACAACUGUUUUUCUUCAGAAGCAAAUAGUCAAGAUCCAGCAUCACCAAAUGCUAGUGUGCAGGAUUUAGUUAUUACACAACGCGUUUCUAAAAGGUGGCAGAGAUUGCACACAGAGAAAUCACAUAAAUUCUUUACAAGUACACAGGACCCUGAGGUAAAGGCCCUUCCUUCAGUAUUACUUGCAUCUGGCCUGCCAGAUCUUUCAGGUGAUGCAGAUUCUGUGUUAGGGGAGGAGAACAGCGUAUCUGUAGCAGCAAAAACUGCAACAAUUUCCAUGAGAAAACUAAGUAAAGGUCAAGUAGUGAAGGAAACAAAGGUAGUAAGUUCCCAUGUGCCAGCAAUCUUUGACAGUGAAAGUCCUCCAGCAGCUAAACUAGCUAAAUUUUCUUUCAGACCAAGGACAAAACUUGAUCAUUCUUCAGAGAAGAAAAAUGAAGAGUUUUCUCUUUUUCAGACUGAAACUAUUUUUAAGCCUGGAGAGCAGCUCCAGGGAGAGCAGCUGCCAGAAGAAUGCUGCCCCCCUGAGAAAUGCAAGAUGACAUUAACUUGCUUAGGAAAAAAUAGUUUGGAAAAACAGUCAAUUGAUAAUAAAGGGAGAGAAGAGCACCAUGAUCAGGCCUUAGGGAGGGAGAUCAGAGGAAGUGCAACAAUACGCUCUGAUACCAGUUUUGGUGCUGUGUCAUCACGCACUGAAAGGAAAAGGGAGGGAGAGGAGAAGGUUGGUGGCCCAAGCACAGGGAAGGUGCGCCCCAGCACAUUAGCCAAACUGUUGACAUUCUCCUUUGCAUCAUGUCCUGAGUCAAAAUUGGAAACCCCACCUACGAUUAAGAUGGACACUAGCAAGGAAAGCCAUAGCCCAUUGCUGAAGGUGCAUGUGAGCAAUCCUAGCAGAAGGAAGAGUUUUGCAUUGGGAAAUGCUAGUAAAGCCAAUGUGGCCACACAGAAAUCUCUCUUCUCGAUAGCAGAGCUAGAUGAUGCUGCAUUGGAUUUUGAUUGGAUUGAAGAGGUUAGGAAAAAUCCAAGCACGUAA